AGAUGGGGAUCGAGAAUAAAUCCGUGCUGAUCACUGGAGGUGCUAACGGGCUUGGAUUUGCCUACGCAAAAGAGCUACUGCAAAACGGUGCUGCGCGAGUGGCGAUUCUCGAUUUGAAGAACUCGAAUGGGGAAGAAGCGGAGAAGAAGCUUAACAGUCUAUCCGGAAAUGGGAAGGCGCUCUUCAUCGUCUGUGACGUGACGAAACCCGAGGAACUGGAAGCUGCGUUCGCCAAGACCGUCAAGGAAUUCGGUGGUCUCGACAUCGUCAUCAACAACGCUGGAAUAAUGGACGACGCGAGAUGGGAACUCGAGAUUAACAUCAAUUUGACAUCUCUGGCUCGUGGAACGUUGCUGGGGCUUAAGUACAUGGGAAAAGACAAGAAUGGAAAGGGCGGAACCAUCGUUAACGUAUCUUCGGUUCUGGGCCUGAUGCCCAUUGAGAUUUUUCCCAUCUACACCGGGACUAAACACGCGGUCGUUGGUCUGACUCGGUCGUUUGCGAGACCGUAUCACUACGACAGGACUGGUGUUAGAAUGCUGACCGUCUGUCCAGGUGCUGCGAAUACUCAACUGCUGACCCAAUGCGCUGGACGAACGUUGGAUUGCGUCGGUUUGGAUGUGAUCACACAAAUUAUGGACGCCUACCCUUCAAUAUCGACCGAUGACGCGGCAAAGGGUAUGAUCCACGUGAUCCAAAAGGGAGAAAAUGGCGGCGUGUGGGUCGUCGAAGCUGGAAAACCGCCUUAUGAAGCUGAGGUUCCCGAUUAUCCCGUCGCGAAGGCCCCGACCGAAGGGUGAAUCGGUCGAUUCGAGCUGAUCAGCACAUUUCCAUUCACCCAAUGAAAAUAAAUCUAUCCGAGUAGGAAGCUGCUGGA